AUGGGUGUAUCGAGAGGAGGCGCGAUCUUGGCGGUGCUGGCGAUCGCGUGGCUCCAACCGGCGGUCGGGGUCAAGGAACACGUGUCGGCCUUGAACGAUACCGGUCGCCCGGUGCACGAGAACGAGGUAUCGUUCACCAGCUACGACCCGGAUGACCAACAUCCUCACCAGUCACCUGGGAAACCUACGAAAUUCGACUUGAACAUGAAUCAGCUGAUACAAACCGACGACAAGCUACAGUAUCAAAUAGAGGCGUCGCAAAUGGAGAACGCGACGUCGUCUCCGAUCGGGUGGACCGAUUGCAAGGGCGAUCGAACGACGCCGUGCGUCCGGAAGGAAUUGUCAGAUCUGUUGGACAGGCUGUCUGGAAUGGACGCUUACAAUGUGACCGACAGUGUGCAGAUUAUAAGAAACAGGGACGUCGCUAGGACGGACGAAAAAGGUAACGUCCGUUCGGACGCGAGCCUACUCGAUAAAGUUCGUCGGUACGCAAGAGAGCACGUAAUAAAGAUACGUCUGAGCAAGGAUUUAAUUCCCGGUAGAAAAGCUAGAACCUUCUUCAACGCCAUCUUUCAGGGAAAGAGUACCUUUUUAACAGGAUUCGGACUUGGUUUUCUAGCGUUUGGCCUGAAGAAGCUGCUGCUACCUCUGAUUUUCGGUGUACAAAUCUUUAAGAGCGUUCUCAUUGCACUUUUCCUGCCCAGUAUCAUUGGAAGUAUCGGUAAUAUCCUUGGUAAAGGUGUCUCGUCUUUUGCUCAGUCAGCGCAUACCACGGCACAACCUGAAGAGAGCUUCGAGUUCAAGGACAAUUCCGACCUGUACAACGACGAUUACCUGACACGACAACCGGUAGGAACGUUGCCAGCUUCCGCGAUGUACGACGAGAGUAUGAUGCAGCCGCAGAAGAGCCCAGACAUAGCCUCGCGAUAUUCCUUCGUCGAUCCUAGGAUCACUCACGCAAACGCCAUUUCCGAUCGCUAUUACACUAGACACGUAGCUGCCAACGGACUCUCUAAAAAGCAAGACUUCAAGGUUUUCCACGAGAUUCCCACGAGUUCGUUGCUGCUAACCAACUACGACCCCUUCUAUUCCCCGCUGUUAUCGCGUCUCGACGCCGUGUUUUCCCGUCUCGGGCACACGACGGAGGGUUGCAGGGAGUACGCGGUGUGCGCGAUGUACCGAAGCCCGGCCAGAUUCGCGCCCUACUCGAAUCUGGUCUCGGCACAGUUGUCCAGGGAACUGAACGAACUGAGGAGACCCAGUAGCGACAACCCGGAUGUCCUCAGGUUCUUCCGUUACAUGAAAGCAGCGAAGGAUGGCCAGGACGGAGUGAAAUGCGAGGACGCUUAUUCGAAGUGUGCUGUUGCGCGGGAGGAUCAGACUCUAAGACAAAACCAGGCGAUGCUGGCUACUUAUCAGGACAUCGACAAGCUGGUACACGCGAGAAAGUUGUGA